GCCAUUCUGGACAUCGUAAAUCAGAUGUCUUUGUUGUCUUGUUCCUCCAAGAUAUCCGAAUGACGUCAACUAGUGGCACUAGUCUUUCUCCUCGGCUCUCGGCUGAACUUUCGCAUGCAACUACUUUCCAGAACUUUUUGGUUGUAUACUCCGUGUAAUAGAUAGAUCGGUUACUUGCUUCACCGUCUAUCUACCCUUGCACUGUAUCGCACACUCGCUUGUACUCUCCUUUCCAGUCGUACAUGUUCCAAUGGUGUCAGGCGCCAAUGAUUCACAAACACCUGCCAUCGUCUCCUUGGCCGCAGGGGGUGUAGCAGGCGGCAUCGAGGCCUUCACUUCGUAUCCUUUGGAGUUUGCAAAGACACGGGUGCAGUUGAGGAGCCAGAAGGGGAUCCCGACGCCGCGGAACCCUUUUCUGGUGGUGACGCAGGUGUAUAAGACUGAAGGUGUACGCGCACUGUAUAAGGGGUGCGGUGCGCUUGUUGUUGGUUCCAUAGGGAAGGAUGGCGUCCGUUUCCUCUUCUUCGAUCAGAUCAAGCAAGCCUUUGCGGACCCCGAGACGGGCACACUCUCCCCCCUCAGAAACCUGGCCGCGGGCAUGACGGCCGGCGUCGUCGCCUCCAUCGCCGCCGUGACCCCCUCGGAGCGCAUCAAGACGGCAUUGAUCGACGAUGCACGCACCGAGAGGCGCUUCCGCUCUGGUUUGCAUGCCACUUCGGUCAUAUGGAAAGAGCACGGCAUCAUGGGUCUGUACCGCGGAUUCGCUGGCACGACACUGAAGCAGGCCUCUGCGACAGCAUUCCGCAUGGGGACCUACAAUAUCCUCAAGGACUUCGAGACGAAGAGGAACAUUGAGCAAAACACCCUGACCAACUUUGCCAACGGCUCGGUCGCCGGCGUCGUCACCACGCUGUGCACGCAACCUUUCGACGUCAUCAAGACGCGGUCUCAAAGCGCACACGGCGCAAGCACGGUGGAAGCCAUCAAGUCCGUCUUGCUGGAUUACGGCAUUAGAGGCUUCUGGAAGGGUACGACGAUGAGACUGGGCCGGACAGUGUUCAGCGGCGGCAUCCUCUUCACGUCCUACGAAGCGGCCGUCAAGGUCAUUCAUCCGUUGUACUCUGGACUCACGCAUACGGUUCGCGCCGAAGCAUCAUAGAUCGUAUCGUAGUUAUGCAUUGCACCUCGGUACUGGCUUUCCUACUUCUUCUCUGUUUCCUCCUGAGCAUUGCAGUCAUUUAUUCCGACUAUACUCGUCAAUCACGCUCAAAGGUUUCACAAACUUGCCGAUCGGCUUAUAUCGGAGAUGAUCCAGUCCGAAGGCUUUGGGGCCUCCAAUCUCGAUGCCUCUCGGGCUAGUCCAACGCUCGCUUGCUGUGAUGCCAAUUACCAGGACGAGCAGACCAUAUCGAUAUUCGGGAG